UACUUCCAACAUUGACUUCAUUAGCCAACAAAUGGAAGAAUAUGAAAGUCGAUUUCCAGAGCCCUAGACAUUACAGUGCAAAUUUGAUUUUGGACGCAUGUCUUGAGGCACUGUUUAAACGGUUUUCCUCUCUUCUUCAUUUAGAAUGUGAAGAAGCACUAAUAGCCGCAGUUCCUUGUCCAAAAUUUAAACUUCGGUGGUUCAACACCCUAAAAAGUAAGCUACAGUCCCAGACAGGAAUCUCACGGGACAGUGUAAAACAAACAUUUAUUUCAUGUGCUGAACGGCUGUUAGAUUCUGAAAAUGUUGAUAAUGACAAUGGUAGCAAUGAUAGUAAUGAACACGAUGCUGAAAACGAAUAUGACGUUUUUUUUAUUUUGUCGAAAUCGAAACAUCAGAAUCUAAGAAAUCUAAGAAAGUAAACAAACACGGUAAAAGAAGAUCAAAAGUUGAGUUGGAG